AUGGCAUCGUCACGGGGGGAUGCUCCUGUGUCAACUAGUCUCAGUGCUUCUUCGUCGGCUGCUGCAUACUCUCCACCAUAUCCGAGUGCCGCCAGGCUUUCGGAUUCCCAGUGCUUCUCCCAGUACUCUGCUUCUCUCAAGUGUGAGUGAAUUUUCCCCCCCUCUCUCUCUCUCUCUCCCGCCCUCCCUCCGGGCUUUCCCACCAUUUCUUCUCUUUGCUUAAUUUACUUGGGUUUUUUAUUAGAUGAUUAUAAUUAUGGAAGUUGCUUAAGUUGCGAGGAUGGACUGUUCGCUAGCUUUGUUGUGGAUAGGGAAAGUUUCUCUCAUUCACAUGAUUUUGGAUCACUUUUAGUAGAGAAAGGCUAUAACUACGGUUCUUUUACCCACAGUUGUAUGGUUAAGAGUUAGUUUCCAACAACAUAUUAACAAAGGGGAUUAGAGUUUUUUCUUUGAAGGGGGAUCAAUGUUCGCAUGAAAAAGGGCCAAGGCUUAAAUUUGUUCCAACAAAAAGAACAUUUUUGCUUCUGUGUUUCUCACAUUUCUUUCUCCACACCAAAGUGAUUGUAACCAUUUUAGGCCAACCGAGGUCUUUAUUUUGGGGUGGGAUUUAUUUUAUUUAUGAUUCUAGUUUAUUUCUUUUGAUUUCAUCAUCACUAAUUGUGAACAGUCUAAUUCUUAUCUCAUAAAAGAAGAUUGGGAAAAGUAAAAGAAGAUAGUUGUUUUGGAAGAAUCAUCACAUAUUCAUGUUAUGGCUGAUAAUGUGCUUAGUAGAUAAUCCAAAAAUAUUUCUGAUUAUCAUCAUGCCGUGUAUCAGAUUUCAAUACCCAAAAAACUCCAUUUAUUAUGUAGCUUCAUCUGUACUAGUCUCUAACCUAAGCCAUUUUAAUUUACGUCCCACUAUUGGUUGUUGGUAUCCUAUGUAUAAUGGAUCUAGGUCCAACAUUUGGUCCUUGUCCUGGUAGACCUAAUCAUUGAUUGGUCCAUACCUAAUUUGCAUGGGUUCUUUAUGCUUUGACUUCGAGUUUAGCCUCCUUUGUUGGAACCGAUAGGUAAUAUUUAUAGUUCUUUAUGGUUGCUUUCCACACUUGAAUAAGUUGGCAGGUAACAUGAGAAAUCCUCCAAGUUUUUAUUUUGAACACAUUUGGUCUAAUAGUGAUUGUACUAUAAAUGUUUUGAAGGUCUAGAGUCCAACUCGGAUAAGAGCAAAUGCCAAAAACAAUUUGAUGACUACAAAGAGUGUAAGAAGAAGGAGGUAUAUCAUUCCUUUUCUUUUCACUUUUCUCUGGUCUAUUAAGUUCGGUUAAAGAAUAUUUUCUGAUUAUUGCAGUUAUAUCUAGAACUAGAAAUUUUCAUGCUACUACGAUGUUUUUAUUGCAUAUUUCCGAAUCAGAUCUAUCACUCUCUCUCUUGCUGUCUCUCUGUCUCUCUGUCUCUCUGUCUCUCUCUCUCUCUGUCUCUGUCUUUGUCUCUGUCUCUGUCUCUCUCUCUCUCUCUCUCUCAAAUUGUUUUUUGGCAAGAAUCUAUCAUCUAUGGAUUUGGGGAAAAAAAGAGUAAUGAACAAUUUAUUAUGGAUGAUUAAACUCUGGUUGAAAACUGACUUGGAGGUGGAAGAUAGGUACAUUUCCAGGGAAGAUUUAAUUGUAUUAUCAUUAUUUUUCACAAAGAAUCGGAGUGAUCUCUAGAAUCAUCUCAGAAACCGCCAAUCCCAGUUCUAAUUGGGAUCUCCCAAUUCUAUCCUCUAUGCUUCGUUGCCAUUGGGGGGGGGGGGGGGUAGUAUUCUUCUCGAAAUAUUGUCUAAGCUACAAGCAUCUGUUCCUUGGUUGACUCAUUGGGGACUGAGCUGCCCCAGAGUAAGAUGAGUAUCCCUUUUAUCACAUAUUAUAUGGUUUUAAUUCUCUCUCAUUCCCCUUAGCAUUGAAAACUCUCAAGGCUAGGAUCAUUGACUUUGCUUGGUCAAUGAUGGCUUCUAGCUUCAUACGCGGUUUUGUUUCGGUUUUUUGUUAGAUUGGCCUUUAUGAAAAUGAGUUUUGAGAAUAAUAUGGGCUACGUUUUCAACAAAUUAUUCACGGUUUUAACUCUACCUAUCCUUUUUUCCUUUUCAGGUAAAAAGUAGUCAAAGUUUAAGCCUGAGAAGUAGUCAAAGUUUGACUUGUUGCUUGUGAUUACUCCCUGUUGUCUCCUAGCUUCAUAUGUCAUCUUCUUUUGAUUUGAUAGGUUGGCCCACAUGAACUAAUCUACCCUAAAAGAGUAGCAUGGCCAACCUUUUGACUGAGUAAUUAAAGGCUUUGUCUCCCUCACGGCUUCAGUGUGUUGGAAUAAUCAACAGUUUGACUUUAAAGCUUGACAUUAGCCAAUGGUGUAUUUUAGCUUCAUAUGCGGUCUUGUUUCUGUUUCAUAGGUGGACCCACAUGAACUAGUCUACACACAGCAAUUUGAAAAUCCUUGGUGUUGUGAUUUGUUAGGCUUGGGAUUAGUCAACAGUGAGAUCUGAUCUUCUUUUUGGUUCCACAGAGGGAGGCUCGGCUGGAGCGCAAUAGAAGCAGAUCGCUGUUUUAA